ACGUUCGAUGGUCACUACUUUUCUGUAAUGCCCAACUAAUAAUACCCGCUGCCAAUGGCAACGAGUUUGUCACUUGGAUUCACGUGAAUUGUAUCACUCCGCAAGUAGUUCGGCAACUUCGAAUGUAAAUAUUCUGCAACGGCUAUUUUUUUCUGUUUAGUCCUACUAUUUGGCGACACCUCUCGGCCAACAAUGGAGUUUCCAAUUAAUUUUAACAUUUAUGGAGAAUAUGAAAAUGCUCAGCGCUGGUGGGAAGCGCAAUUCUUGACACCACCAAAACCCAAACGACACCAGGAUCUGACGGAGGAGGAAUUGGAGCAAAUAGAAGAAAAUCGCCAUGAGAUAAACACCAAAAGGAGCACGGCAUGGACCAUCAAAGUUUUCAAGGAAUUUCUAUUGGAAAAAAACAUAAGAACCGAAUUAGACGAAUUCGAUGAAGGAGCUCUCGACAAAGUGUUAAGAUUGUUUUAUGCUUCUGUAAGAAACGCGCAAGGCAAAAAGUACUCCGUGGCCAGCUAUGCUGCUCUCCGUGGAGGCAUCAGCAGGUACUACAGCAAGUUUAACAUCUACCACAACACGGCAUUUAAGAGCAGUAAUAACGUUUUCAAAUCGGUCCUGAAAGAUCUACGCAAAAGUGGAAAAGACUGUAGCCAACACCACCAGGCCAUUUCACCAGCAGACCUCCAGCGCAUCAAAGACUCGCCGGCCCUCUCGACCUCCACUGCCACCGGACUGGUGAGGAGGGUGUGGUUCAACACGCAGUUACACCUCGCCAGGAGAGGAAGAGAAGGGAACAGAGAGCUCACACCCGCCUCUUUCGAGUUAAAAAAAGAUGAAAACGGCAACGAGUACAUCACCCUCGCCCACAAUGCUGAGACAAAGAACCACAAAGACCCCAGAGAUCCAUGUCAACAGGUGUACCGGGGAUGCAUAUACUCGGAGCCAGGCAACCCCAACUGCCCUGUACAGACAUUCAAAAAGUAUCUGUCGCUGUGCCCAUCUGACGCGACAGCAUUGUAUCUCCAUCCAAUCAAGCAAGAUCAGGCCAUUCUGGACCAAAAAACCAUUUGGUUCUCUAGGGAACCGAUGGGAAAGAACUACCUUGGCAGCAUGAUGGCCAAUAUCAGCCAGGUCUGUGGGCUUUCAAGGCGUUACACAAACCACAGCCUGCGUAGUACCGCCGUCCAAAUGCUAUCAUCGGCUGGACUGGAGACCAGGGAAAUCAUGACCGUCACCGGCCACAGAUGUGAGACCAGCCUAAAAAGCUACUGGGCUCCAAGCACCACCGACAGGCAGAGAUGGAGCCACAUCCUAUCAGGUGCAGGCCCUUCUAACACACCAGGACCUGUGGUCAAACAGGGAGGAGGAGGAGGAGGAGGAGGAGGAGAAAUAAACCAGGACCUCUCCGCGGACGCCGGACCAUUCUUCCUUUCGAACUGCACGUUCAAUGGCAACGUGCAGUUUAACAUCCAUAAAUAGAGAGAGACAGGACAGCGCAACAAUGUUUCGUCGGCGGAGACUGAAGCGCUACAA